UUCAAUAUUCAUCUGAACCACCUUUUUACUCUUUUCUUCUUCAACUCGCAACUGCACAAAAAAAAAAAAAAAAAAAGCAAAAAUUCCACUGUUGAUUUGGAUUUGAUUAAACAGUAUUCAUUCUCUCUCCUCCAAAAUUUUCGAACAGGUCUUGCUGUGUUGUAAGACUUGGGUUUAAUUUGUAUAGCGGCCUUCACUUCGACGUAACUUGAUUGGGUUAUAUCCUGAAUCUGGGAGCUGAUUUUUAACGAUCUUGAUAAAUAUAACCAGUGGUGUUGCUCAAUUGCCUUCUUGAAAGAAUGGUGGUUGCUUCUUCUUUGCAUUUUUCGUACGAAUUCAGAAUUUACAACUCUUAUGGACUACCAUACCAGCCAAAGAUUGGUCGAUUUCCUUUCUCCAACGCUGCUGUUUCAUCGAAUGACGUGUUGAAAGAUGCUUGGAAUCUCCAAAAUUUAAGUAGAGGAAUCAACGCCAAAACCCCUGCCUCCCCCAAACAUAGGGUGUUCCUUUGCAGAUCCAUAUUCUUACCAAGUGGAGGAAAUGCUUCUCCUUUAAUGCAAAAUGCUCCUGCUCUUUUGAAGAGGGUGUGUAACAGUUUAUCGUCAAAGUCGCUUGUGUAUCAGCUAAUCCCAGCCAUUGGUGUCAUUGCUUUAGCAUGGGGACUUUUGCCACUUAUGCGUCUUGGCUGGAGUAUCUUCCUCCAUAAAAAUGGCGGCAACUGGAAAAAGAGUAGCACAUAUUAUUUUGCCACCUCAUAUGUUCAACCAUUGCUAUUAUGGACUGGAGCACUGCUUAUUUGCAGAGCACUGGAUCCUAUAAUCUUACCUUCGGAAGCAAGCCAGGCUGUUAAGCAGCGGCUUCUGCACUUUGUACGAUCAUUUUCCACCGUCGUAGCCUUUGCCUAUUGCCUAUCUUGCUCGAUUCAACAAGUGCAAAAGUACUUUAUGGAAGCUAGCGACUCUAAUGACACAAGAGAUAUGGGGUUUCAAUUUGCCGGGAAGGCUAUCUACACAGCUGUAUGGGUGGCAUCGGUUUCACUGUUCAUGGAAUUGUUGGGUUUUUCUACCCAGAAGUGGCUAACUGCUGGGGGUCUUGGCACAGUAUUGCUCACCCUUGCUGGACGUGAGAUAUUCACAAAUUUUCUGUCAAGUGUGAUGAUCCAUGCAACUCGGCCAUUUGUUUUGAAUGAAUGGAUUCAAACGAAGAUUGAAGGAUAUGAAGUGUCUGGUACAGUUGAGCAUGUAGGUUGGUGGUCACCAACAAUUAUCAGAGGAGAUGAUCGUGAAGCAGUUUAUAUUCCCAAUCACAAGUUCACAGUUAGUGUAGUAAGAAAUCUGACCCAAAAGAAUCAUUGGCGCAUUAAGACCCAUCUCGCUAUUAGCCAUCUAGAUGUCAACAAGAUUAAUAAUAUAGUAGCUGACAUGCGCAAGGUUUUGGCUAAAAAUCCCCAAGUAGAGCAGCAGAAGCUGCAUAGGAGAGUUUUCCUGGACAACAUCAAUCAUGAAAACCAGGCCCUUCUGAUCAUGAUAUCUUGUUUCGUGAAGACUUCUCGCUUUGAGGAGUACCUUUGUGUAAAGGAAGCGAUACUCUUGGAUCUUCUGAGAGUAGUCAGCCAUCACCGUGCCCGACUUGCCACACCCAUUCGUACCAUACGAAAAGUUUACACAGAAGCAGAUGCUGACAAUAUUCCAUUUUCUGAAACUGUCUACAAUGGUUCCGGUGCUGUUAAUAACCAUCCUUUCCUACUAAUUGAACCUUCUUACAAAAUAAAUAGUGAUAAUAAAACCAAAUCUUCAACUCGUAAGGAUGAAAAGUCUGAUGUAACCUCAAAAUCUGACACCAAGGUAGAUGCCAAAUUUGAUGAUCAAGAUAAGCUAGAUGCAAAUGAUAAAGCAGCCUCAGUAGUGGAGCCCAUUGUUCUGAAAAGAGAUGAUGAAAGUCAAGCCACCUCUCCAGCAGCAAGGACAGCAUUAGAUGAGAAUAUUGUUCUUGGAGUUGCUUUAGAGGGCUCUAAGCGAACGCUUCCUAUCGAAGAAGAAGAAAUUUCACCGUUGGCCCCUUCCUCAGGGGAUUCAAAGGAAUUGGCUACAUCUCGAAAUGGAGUUGGAAGUGUGUCGAAUGUGGAGGACAAGAAAGACGAUCAGGUAUCAGCAAUUGGUAGUGUGAACACAGGUGAUAACCGUGAGAAAUACAGUGGGUAAACAUUGUUAUCACAAACUUUUCAAAUAUAUCUGCAGAGGUGAUGCCUUAAAGCUGUCUAUUUUCACACGGCUGGCAAAAUGCAAGAUAUAUGUAUUCUACGAUGUGUUGUAUAUUAGUAGUACAAAGGUUAGUAUUUGUAUGUUUGUAUAGAGAUGUAGAGGAAUUUGGCCAUUUCAGCCUAGUUGUAAUUUGUAAAGCACACUCGGCUCGAGCUUUAAUAAAUUUGCAAUUGAGAGUGAGGUGUUCACAUUAGUAUAUAA